AGAAAUGUUUGUGCCUCGUUUUUAACAUUUUAAUAGAUCGGCUAGCACAGCAUGGAAAGCUUCAGCCGUUGAAUUGCAGCUUAGGUGCAUUCUGUCGGUGGCUAAAGUUGUUAGUUCAGAUGAUCUUGCAGAUUGCUAAUUUUUAUGUUAAGAUAAGUUUUGCUUAUAAGUGUCUGUGAUUUAAACUUAGUUCCGCACGUUUAAUGAAUGCUGUGACGUGAUCCGGAUGCUUUUUCAUGUGUGGAAAAUAUUUCAAGAAACACGGCAUGUAGAUGAGCCGCGAAAAGGUAAUAAAACGAGCGAAUGUAGAAAUAACCACAUACAACCGGAUGAGUUCGCGAGUCUCGUUGCGGAACGUCUAGUAGUGGUGCAAGUGAAGCGUGAGUGGCCGUAGCGGUCUCAAGCGAGUGUCCGGUCAGGUAGUGAGAUGCGAAGAUGCCUUUUGUGCAGCGUGUAGUGACCCCAAAAUAUGUUGCACGGUCCACCAAACCGUCACACUCACGUGGCACGGUUUCACUUCCAGUUCAGGAUUAUGAACUGGAAGCAAUUACUAACCUAACACUGAGCAAUGCCCUCCGGCAGCUGGCUUCCCUGGUGCUCAUCUCAAACCAGAUAUUCACCGAGCUCAACAAGGAACUGGCUAGUGUUUGUGAGCGAUCACUCGGGAUAAAGCAACGGAUCGACAAUCUUUCCAAGCGAGUGGAGGAAUUUGACCCAAAGCAAGUCACAGUCCCCGAAAGUGACUUGGUAACGUUCGCUCAGAUCAAAACUCAUCACCGUACAAAGUACCACAUCGACACCAGCCUGUUCACCGCGGAGACGCGCUCGGAAACGCUACAAGAACUGUACGAUGCAGCUGCCAAAACCCCAGUGUCUGCGAUGGCCGAAAUGGACCGGCUUACCGGACAGUACGGUACCGGUCGGCGCAGCUCGGAUGCAUUCCUGUGUACCCCGGUGCUGGGAAAAACACGCCGGAAGCUUCGCGCCAAAGUGGACAUGGAUAUUGAAACGAGACUGCCUUCAGCGGUCGAGGACUUGAGGAAGUGGACCUCGAUCGAAGCUAUCGGUGACGUAACAGUUCCUCCGGAUUGUACCGCACGGCUCGCCGGCAACAGUUCAGCGGUUUCGGGCAACAUUUCGCAAAAUGUUUCACCUUCCUACCAGGCUGCCAGUAUCAGUGCAUCGUUUGAUGAAACCGACGAUAUCAUCGUGGUGGACAGUAGCUCCCGAGGCUUAGGUCGUGAACAGGACACACCGCUCGAUCACAGGUUACCCUCACCGGAGGAACAGUGUCAGAUGAUCGCGCUAAAAUUCCCUGCGGAAACCAUUAGAGUGGACAUCUCCGGACGGAGGUUCGAUAGGAUGUGUGCAACUCGGAAGUCUUUGCUACACUUUGUAUCUGCAUCGGACCAGGCGGACAUGAAUGCUAUACAACAGGAUGGAACCGACGGUGAUACACUACGAAGGCGGUCCAGACCACGACGACCACGAGGAAAACGACGAAAUACGAUCGCUGGAACGGACCAGAAGGAAAUCGCCGAGGUGGUUAACAACGGGGAAGAAGCCACUAUCUCCUCUACUAUCUGUACUAACCUGGUGCCUCGUAGCAAAUCAAGCGACAUACUUAAGAAAGAAUCCACAUCCCCUUCAGCAGACAACACCUCCAAAAACACGAUCAAAUCGUCACAUUUCAACUCCCUCAAACAGUGGGGCCGGAAUCGACUACGCAUGAUCAACCGCGACGGAAAGGAUAAAGUUCAGGACAUUGAUGACUUCAAUAUCUCUGAUACGACUAGAAACAGCAAACGCAAAGUGUCCGACAAAGAUGCAAAACUUUCGCAUGAACGAAAGCCUUCCUAUUCUUCGUCGGAACGAAGUAUUACCGUGGCCUCCAACGCGACCGGGGUCGGUAGCAGCAUGCCAGCGUCGAUCAAUCCGGUGAAACUCCGCGAAUCGUCCUCGAUUCGCCGCCAGCGACGUACUGCGCUUGGCAAUAAAGACGAACCGCACUCGUCUAGUGGAAAUUGGAGCGCAAGCUCGGAAUCGGGACGAACAUCGAUCGGUAGCGAAAUAACCACUACAACACAGCCGAAAUCAAGUGCCUCUAGUACAUCGUUGAAUCAUAAUCAUCACACCAUUUCAAGUGGACCACCGAGCUCUAUCAUUAGUCGGCGUAGAUUCCUUAAUACGUCUGCCUCCAGUAGUGUGACAAGUGAAGGUACUGCAACACCUGAUUUACAGAUGUAUGAUUACCAUGACGAAGGCGGGGAAACAAGCUCUGUUUACUCGUGCGACACUGAAGGAUAUUAUACGUCCUUCCACGUGGAUUCCGGCUUGAAGACUUUAAAAGAAGAAGAACCGGCCACCCCUUUGCAUUCGACGACCGCUUUAUCGAGCACGACUUCUUUCGAAAGCUCUGGCAAUCAAACUGUUAUUUCACCGGAAAAUGAAUACGAGUUGUUUGGAAAGGGAUCGACAUCAACCACUACUAGCUCGGCAGGAACGAUUUGUACCGUAUUGGCCGAUGGCCAGCGAAAUUCCAUCAACGGACCGGCAGUGCCGGAACGAAAGAGCUCGUUGACGAAGCUCAAUCGUAGCAACAGUUCCGCCAGUAACGGGACACUGGAGCGAAGUUAUUCCAGCAGCACUGUCGGUAGCACAUUAGAAAGAACCGGCACCAUUAAAAGAAAUGGACACUUGCUGCAGAAAGAAGUGGCUGCCUUGAUACAUCAGGAGGAAGAAACAAAAAAGAAUCGAAUCGAAUCACCGGACAGUGGCAAUAACACGAGUUCGUCUCCUAUUGAUUCGAAUGCCAACUCUAGUCCAACCCAACGUAUCAGAAGUUGUUCAGAAUUCGAAUAUUCGGAGUCGUCUGAUUUGGAAUGCGUUGAUCGUAUCGAAAGAAUUCGCGAAAAGACAACUAUCAACACAAGCCGAAUACCGUCAAUGUGUAUAAUUACGCCCACUAACAGUGACGACGAAAAUGGUUCCUUGAAAAGAAGAAAGGAAAAAACUAACGAUACAUCACACAGUGAAUCGUUCGAUUCCAAAAAAGAUUCCAGUAGCUCUAGAAAAAACAGCCUUCUGCCGUUGAACAGCAUGUUUGGUAAACUGAGAGGUGUGUUGAAAAAAUCUCCUAGCAAGGAUAGUACCCUAGCGGAAAACGUAAACAGUGACCCAAUUUACGACAUCACCGGAGAGUACGUGCGAAUUGCCGACGUAAAAAGUAGUAAAAAGAAUCCCCACGCUGGCGUUUACUAUUCGAACGAUGUGGUAAAACGCAACCUGGCCACCGUCCUCUCGGGCAAUCUGAACGAAGAAACCGAGUACGUAUCGUUGAAUGAACUACCAUGCAACAUACGCUGCGAGAGUAAAGUUCUCUCUGGCGAGGCGCAAAACACCCCUCGCGGAAGCGGAAAAACGAAUGCUGCUAGCAAAACAGAAGGGGACGCGCAUCAAGGGGAAGCGAACGAUAGUGCUACGAAACGGGGUGCACGCGUGAAAUUGGAUGCGCACGGGAAGGUCAUCUACAGUUCGGAUAGUCUGAAGAGGAGAAAAGGUGCGCACACGACCUUCGCGCCGGGUCCAUUCGUUAAAGAUGUAAAUACACCAUCCUCCAGUGGCACCGCCAUAGCCGACAUUCCCACGCCAACCACGACGAGUGAAGCAGCACCAACAUCCGUAUCCGCGAAUAUUGGCAAAAAUGUGGUUGCAUCUCCUCUACUGAGUGGUGGUCUGACAAACAGAAAAUCGAUUGUAGUAAAACCAGUGGUAUCGCAAGCUGCACUGAAAACGAAAGCAAUUGUAAACGAUAACGUCAAAAAGAGUAGCAGCAGCCAUCCGGCAGCCUCGCGAAUGGCCCCGGUUGUUACCAUUCUGCCGAACAACGCAGUCCCACAGGGAACCGAAAAAUCAUCCACAACAACCUCGCACAUUAUGUCGUCUGGUGUUUUGAAAGGUGCAUACGUUAAUGUACAGGAAACAAAUUCUCCGCCUGCAAGACCGCCCCAUCCGGUAAACUACCCGGAACCAUUAGCAGCCCUCCAUCAGCAAACAGAUUAUCGACAUUCACCCCGUGAGGAGUAUACCAAUUUGUACGGUUCUCAUCCGAAUACUUACACGCUGCCCAGGCGUUCUUUGGUGCAGAAGCCUAUGGAACCAGCGGCCGGCGGUGCUCUAGUUGCACCGAACACUCGUUCACACUACGCUUAUCCCAGCUACAGCAAACCCGUCGAUCCGUCAUUUCAGCGCGGCAAUGACAUGUACUGGACACUGCAGACAAGACGCAGGCCGGUUCCAAUGGUUCCUACCGGCCCGCAAGAUGACGCAAAGCUCAUGCAGCCGAACAGUAGGCCCAUCGAGGAACUGUAUUCCACCCCAAACAAAAUAAAAUCAAAGGAUCUAAAAACAACACCAACUGGCUUUGCCGCUUAUUUUUCACCAAUCCCCAAACAUAACAGCGCGAGCCAGAGUGAUGAAGCCGACAGCAGUUUUAAAAUUUCGCCAAUCGAUCCUCGCAAUUCUGCUACCUUCAAAACGUCAACACCGUCCAAGCCUAGUGAGAUUUCUAUAUCCCCGACACCAGCAAGUCUCUCUGAGGAAUUACGUUACAAACUUCGGCUACAGCAGGUUGGUGUACGAUCCCAUGGCAAUUCCCCCGUAAGCUCCGGUCGUUCAACACCGAAAAAUGUGUUGGAAGCUCAAGCACCCCGCGGACGUCACAGUUGGGCAUCUAAUAGCACUGACAUCCCGCAAACCUGCUCCGAUCGCUUGGGCACCCCCAAAACAAGUCUGAUGGAUUUCAAAAAACUACUUCUAGCUCAUGGGUCUAAGUCUAACAUAGCACCCACAAGUAAAAUAUCUGCCGUCGAGUUGCUCAAAAAGUCUAAAUCUAACAACACAAUAACUAAACCAGCUAUUCCAGUUGCCAAAACAGCAAUCAACAACAGUAAUCUGAAUAUUUUGGAUCUUUCUGGUUCUCCCAAAACCUUUGCCACACGGCGCAUGAUUCGGCAAGGAAACUUUGGCACCAGCUCACCGUCAAAGCUCGGAAACACGUCAAAGUUAUCAGCACGUGGAGGAUGGCGAUGCAACAAUAUGCGAAGUGAAGUCAUGUCUACCACUAUUCCAGAGGCGAACAGUGAAGAGGACAAUUCUAGCCCUAACAAUUCGGCCUCAGUUAGCCGCUCACAGUCACAAAGCCGCAAUAACACACAGUCAGAAAGUUCCGACGAAGCAAAAUCGCCAAUCGCAGCCAUUGAAGGCAAGAACGUGAUUGAGGAAAAAAUCUCCAACAUCAGAGAUAACAUAUUCCUACAGGAGGACGAAAACAAUUUUAUGAAAGGCGAGGUAGCACCUAUCGUUCAGAAAGUGACUUCACCAGCUACGACGCGCGCUCAGUUGCAGGCCCAGAGGGCACAAUUCCUGAGCAACAACAGUCAUAUCAGAUCGGCCACUUUUAAAGAUGGACACUACACAGGAAUGAGCGCCUUUGUUUCGAGCCCACCGAACUUUAACGAGAUCAAUCACAACGAACCAGAAGCAAACGACGAUCAUAAUCGACAUUCUCCGAAGUCAACGGCUCCAUCCUUGGAAACUGCUCUCUAAAAACAUUCACGCAUAUUAUAUAAACCAACAUAGGAUAUCGGUACAUGCCGAAAGCAGAAAUUCCACUGCAUCAAAUUUGAAAAUAUUCAUUCGUAAUUACGAAUACGGAAGAUUUCAACUACCUUAGUGAGUCGAGGUAGCAGUACAGAAAUGAAGGCAAUACAGAACUCGGUGUGAGUAAAAGAGGCUUACCUUUGACUGAUGCUUCAUAUUUAUAACAAGAGCCUUUGCCACUCUAGGUUAAUUAUAGAUAAGUGCUAGUAGAAAACAUAUUCAUCAAUUGUUGUUUUGCGUUUAAGAGCUUGUGGAA